UCCAGAGGACGAAGAAUUGAAAAUUUCACGAAAAUUUAACAGAGAAAUAGAAUCAGUUGUUCGGCGAAGACGAAGGUUUUACCUAUUAUCCAGGUGAUAACGGCGACGUUUCCCUUCGCAUAGGAGGUUAGAGAUGAAGAAGUCGCCAUUGCCAGUGCAGAAUAUUUGCAGUAAUGAGAAGAAGAUAACUGGAAAAGAAGCAUUGGUGAAGCUAUUGAGAUGGCAUUUUGGUUAUUCUGAUUUCAGAGCCAAGCAGUUGGAAGCGAUUCAAGCUGUUUUAUCAGGGAGAGAUUGCUUUUGCUUAAUGCCAACUGGAGGAGGCAAGUCUAUGUGUUAUCAGAUUCCUGCUCUUGCAAAACCAGGGAUUGUGCUUGUUGUUUCUCCUUUAAUAGCUUUGAUGGAAAACCAAGUCAUGGCUUUGAAGGAGAAAGGAAUUGCUGCUGAGUUUCUCUCCUCAACCCAAACAUCACAGGUCAAAAAUAAAAUUCAUGAAGACCUGGAUUCUGGAAAACCAUCCGUAAGGCUGUUGUAUGUGACUCCAGAAUUGAUUGCAACAGCAGGAUUUAUGUCAAAGCUAACAAAGAUUCAUGCUAGAGGAUUCUUGAAUCUCAUUGCAAUAGAUGAGGCACAUUGCAUUUCAUCAUGGGGCCAUGAUUUCAGGCCUAGUUAUCGUAAGCUUUCAACUUUAAAGAAUCGUCUUCCAGAUAUACCAACUUUGGCUUUGACGGCCACAGCUUCUCCUGAAGUGCAGAGGGAUGUGAUAGAGUCUUUGUGUCUGCAAGACCCUUUGAUUCUCAAAUCUUCCUUUAAUCGUCCAAAUAUAUAUUAUGAAGUUAGAUAUAAAGAUCUUCUGGAUGAUGCUUAUGCUGAUUUGUCCUCUGUACUCAAAUCCAGUGGGGAUGUAUGUGCAAUUAUUUAUUGCCUAGAGCGAACCACUUGUGAUGGCUUGUCUGCUCAUCUUUCCCAAAAUGGCAUUUCCAGUUCUGCUUAUCAUGCAGGGUUGAACAAUAAAUUACGUACCACUGUCUUAGAUGAUUGGAUUUCUUCUAAAAUACAAGUUGUUGUUGCUACAGUAGCUUUUGGAAUGGGUAUAGAUAGAAAGGAUGUCAGAAUGGUUUGUCACUUUAAUAUUCCAAAGUCAAUGGAAGCUUUCUAUCAAGAGUCAGGCAGAGCUGGUCGAGAUCAAUUGCCCUGUAAAAGUCUGUUGUACUAUGGAGUUGAUGAUCGCAAAAGAAUGGAGUUUAUUCUAAGAACUGCUGGGAGCAAGAAGUCACAAACUUCAAGUUCACAGGAUGAAUCGUCAAAAAAAUCCCUCUCUGACUUUAGUCAGAUGGUUGAGUAUUGUGAAGGUUCUGGAUGCCGUAGGAAAAAAAUUCUUGAGAGCUUUGGGGAACAGGUACCUGCAUCACUAUGUAAAAAAUCUUGCGAUGCUUGCAAACAUCCAAAUAUAGUGGCCAAGUACUUGGAGGAGCUGACAACAACUUGUGCUGCUCGUCAGAGAAACAGCUUUUCUAGAAUUUUUAUAAGCAGCUCCACAAAUUCAAUUGAUGGAGAACAAUUCUCUGAAUUCUGGAAUCACGGUGAUGAAGCUAGUGCUUCAGAGGAAGAUAUAUCUGAUUCGGAUGAUGCUACUGAGGCUGUUAAGAGCCUAGCCAGAUCAAAGUCAAUAAAAUCAGGGGUGAAUGAAAGGAUUGACAUAUUGCAGCGUGCAGAAGAAAAUUAUUAUCAGAAUAAGAACUCUAAGAAACAGGCCAAUAAGCUCGACAAGAAUGCUAUUUCUGAAACACUGAGAGAAUCUACCAAGCAAAGAUUAUUAAAUGCUCUGAAGCAGGCUCAGGAACGGCUUGGCAACUUGAGCAUCAAAUUUGAAGAAUCAGCUUCCUUCCUUGAAAACGAAUGCUUCAAGAAGUAUGGGAAGAGUGGGAAAACAUUCUAUUUUUCACAAGUUGCGAGUACGGUGAGGUGGAUAUCAACGACAAAUGCAACCGAGUUAACAAAUCGGAUCAGCAGCAGUACCCCUCCACCUCCCCCUUCCCUUCCUGAGAACAGUGUGCCCAAGGAAGAACCUCCCAAGACACUGUCACCCUUGUUGGAAAAAAAGCCAAUAACAACUGCUGACUUAGAACUCCAUAGCAGUAUCAGAUCAGAAACUACGAGUAUUUCUCCAUCACAGAGUGCAAAGUUGCCUGGCAUUCCCUCCUUUUCGGAGUUCGUGAAUAGAAAAAAGGGAAGAGACGAUAAUUCACAUGCAUCACUCGCUCGAUCACCUAAGACAUUAAAGAAUAGCACAGAGAAGAAGCUGAGGCUGGAAUAAGUCAGUUUUAUACGUUUUUCUGGUCUCUUUAAGUAUAUGCAGUGUAAUUGAUAGUUGUAUAGAAAAUUUUGUGAGAAAUCCUGAUCGUUGAUAUAAAUUUUGUAGUAAUAGAUAUAUCCUUUUUCAUUUAUAA